UUCGUCACUCUCAUUUUCAUUUUUCACUAUAUCUUAAUUUCUGAACAAACAAACACUCUUGAAUCUGUAGAACCCAACAACCAUGGAGGUUGCAACCGCAAACGCAGCGUUUACCUUCGCCGUCAACAAACCCUUGUUCGUUUCUCCAUCUUCAUCACGAACCACAAGCUCUAUCAGACCCAUCAAAUCCUCUUUCAGAAACUCUAUCUCCACCGAUUUCGUUGCUCCUUCCACUGCAAUCACCUCUUCUUCCUCUAGUCAUUUCUCCGGCCACAAGCUCCGACCUCCAUGCCUCAAUCCGGCGUCGUUUCGAACUUCUGGCGGUAAAAGAGGCGUUGUUACUAUGGUUAUUCCUUUCAAAAGAGGGAAUGCGAGGGAGCAACCUCCACCAGACUUAGCUUCUUACUUGUUCAAAAAUCGAAUUAUUUACUUGGGCAUGCCUCUUAUUCCAUCCGUCACAGAGUUGAUGAUUGCUGAAUUUCUCUACCUUCAAAAUGACGAUCCAACAAAACCCAUUUAUAUGUACAUAAACUCCACGGGGACAUUCAAGGGAGAUCGUAAGUUGGGUUAUGAGACUGAAGCACUUGCAGUUUAUGAUUUGAUGAGGCAUAUGAGGACUCCUAUUUUUACUCUCUGUGUUGGCAAUGCUUGGGGAGAGGCGGCCUUACUUUUGGCUGCUGGUUCAAAGGGUAAUCGUUCUGCCUUGCCAUCAUCAACAAUAAUGAUAAGAGAGCCAAUUGCACAGUUUCAAGGUCAAGCAUCAGAUGUCUGGCUUGCAAAAAGAGAAAUCACUAGAGUGAAGACAGCAUUGGUUGAUUUGUUAGCAAUGCACACUGAAAAAACACCUGAGCAGAUUGUAGCUGAUACUCGGCGUCCAAAAUACUUUAGUCCUACUGAAGCUGUUGAGUAUGGAAUCAUAGACAAGGUGAUUUACAAUGAGAAGGGCUCUAAGGAUCGUGGCGUUGUUUCUGACCUUCAAAAGGCAUAGCUUAUUUGACUGCCGGAAAAUUAAGUCCCUGUUUUCUUGAAGCUGAGAAAUUGAUCAAGCCAAAAUGAAGGAUCCAGGAAAUCAGCAGCCAAACGAUGCAACCGUGCCAAGCCCUUGUACAAUUAACUUGCAACAUUGGAAUCUCAUGUUUAUAACAACCAUAGACUGCAUUUGGCUCCCCUAAGAUAAGGCAAUAGGAGCAAAUCCCUACGUGUUUGUAAAAUGCUGUAUACAUAAUUGUAUUAUGGUUCAUUCAAAUUUGAAAUUUUAUGAAUUGUUGUCUCAAUACAUGAAUGAAACUCAACUAAACACAUUUGGUAAAA